CUCUCUCUCGAGCUCUGUGGACUCCCGCGAACAGUCCUCAGCGCGAGCGGAGCAGAGCGCGAGCACACGAGAGAGAGUCCCGCGAGCAGCAGCGGCAGGAGCGCGCGCACAGAGCGCCCGGAGCCCGUGUGACUUGUGAAGCUCGAGCGCCCUGUUUAAUCCUGUUUGGAGGGUUUUUUAUUUUGUUUGUUUGUUUGUUUGGGUUUGGAGAACUGAAGCGAGGGGAAGAGAACAUGCUGGAGGUUUGGGGAGGAUGAGGUUUGGGGAUGGAGCUGGUUCUGGACCGCACUGUAUGGACUGGACCCGGACUGUGUGGGAAGACUAGUGCUGCACGAUAUAUCGAUUCAGAGUGAGCGUAUCCGAUAUUAACAUCACAAAUCAAAGGUGAUCCAAGGCAGUGUCAGGUAAAGCAAAUUAAACUAUACAUGUCAUGCUACCAACUGCUUGAUACAAAUAGGAAGUUUCUCAGUUUUACUGUUUUAAUGACUGAAUCUACUAAUACUUAUCUAAUAUCUAACAAAGCGGAUUAUAUCAGCCUAUCAGUAUUUGUUUUGCACAAAUCGACAAUACAUGGGGUGUAUUUUUAGUAUAAUAUCAUGAAUUCUGGUGAAAUCAGGUAAAAAAAAAUCAUAUAUUUUGUUAAUAUUAACACUGCAAGUAGCUCAACUGUAAUUUUACAGUCAACUAAUCUGAUGAUUAUUUCUGCAUGCUCUUAAUCACUUUAAAAUGAAGGAAACAUCUGAAUGUGGGAUUUAAAUGCCCUUUUACAAAUUAACCAUUAGUCUACACUGAAAUUAGAAAAUUUGGACCAAUUUGGAUUUUUUUAUAUUCAACAUUGUUGAUUAUAUCAAUUAAUAACUACUAUCAUAUUGGCUCGGUAUCGCUUAUUUUUUGCUUGUUUUAAGUCUUUAUUGAAUAGAGGGCAUUUAGUUGCAUGACAUGGUGACUCAUUGAAAACUAAGGAGAAAUCUGAUUUAAAAAAUCCCUAUAUAUUGUCUAAAUUAAAUAUAGAAGAAAGAACAUCGUGCAGCACUAGUGAAGACAUUUAAUGGUAACAUUAGAGCCGUAGACAGCACUUCGGCUGGGGGCUGGGAGUGUCUUGUAGUGGUCACUUGUGGCUGUCAAGCGAAACACCAUCCAGUUUCAUUUAAUCUGAUCAGUGUUCAGUGUUUGCUGUAAGUGGACAGUGGUCAGGGAUGAAGACUCGUUGAUGCGUGCUGAGCGUGUUAUAUGAACGCUUGAAGUUUCAAGGUGCUGUUCGAAAUGGGUGAGGCAGCUCCAAGUCAUGCCGCCACCAGGCCUGCUCCAUUCCCGCUGAUGGGCCCCGGCAUGGUGGGCCCCGGGCCUCCCGGAGCCCCAAGCAGGACAUCUGUAGCAGCUGUGGCGGCUGCGGCGGUUCCUCCUCUGCACAGUGCCAUUGUGGAACGGCUGCGGGCACGCAUCGAACUGUGCCGGCGACACCACUCCACGUGCGAGAGGCGUUACGAGCGUGGCCGUGCAGAGAGCUCGGAGCGUGAGCGCGAGAGCACCCUGCAGCUGCUGAGCCUUGUGCAGCAGGGUGGCACGGCAAGGAGGGGCAAGAACAGCCGGGCACUGGACCAGAGCAGGGCCAACAACGAGCACAAGGGGCAGAGCGCUGGAGGGGAGGCAGAGAGCAAAGCCAGCACCAGGAUUGCACUCCAGGGUUCACUAAGGAGAAAAAUCGAGGGACAGCCUCCUGCAUACAAUCCUAAACAGAAUGGCCUCUCCUGCAUAGGUGGAGCCCCAGACUUCAAGCGUCUUCGCAUGGACCCUGGGUCUCUUCGACCUGGACAUUGCAGCAUGGACUCAGGACAGUCUCCAGGCUUAGCUCUGGACCACACACUAAGGCGUAAGGACCCGUUUGCGAUGCCUCAUGGUGUAGGGAGUGAUCUGUUCAACAUUACUCUCAGAGACAUGAAGAAAGAACCCAUCGAUAUCCCGCCUUGCAGCCAGUCGUCUAUAGAUCCUGCAAUGAUGGUGUUCGACUUCAAGGACGAGGGUGGAGGACAGAUAGACCCAGAACUUCAGGACCUGUUUGAUGAGCUCACCAAGUCAGUGCCGCCUCUCCAUGACCUAGAACUGGAGAAGAUGCUGAAGCAGGACGAUGACUUUGGUUUAGAUCUCGGUCGUCCGAACUCCGCUGGUGCAGCCCAUCCAUGCCCACACUUGGAUAAACCAAUCAAGACCGAGUAUUCACCUGACUUUUGCCAGGCUUCAGGAAGUUCUCCCCAGCUUAGACCAGCAUCUGCUGGACCUUCGUUUUCUCUGGCCAACACUGCUUUAUCAACAUCUCCCAUUGGGCAGAUGGGCCACGGUCACGUGUCGCAGGCGUCAGGAACGCCUUCUAGAGGACAUCCACCCUGGCCUGAAAUGUCCCAUGCUGAGACACUCAAGCAAAUGGCAGCCAACCAACAGCAGCCCAAUCCUCUCCUCCACCACCAGCAACAACAGAGCCAAGCUGGAGGGGUGAGGAACUGGUCCUCUACCAUUGGUGGUGGCCACCCCAAUUCCAGCUCCUUUGGUCAAGAACCAAUUACCAGCUCCAAUUCCCUCAGCCAUUCAAGAAUCAGUCCUCAGAGUGCUGGUCAGGGCAAAGGAAUGCCCAACUGCCUCUUCAAGCCUGGUGGAUACAACCCAUCUAAUCCCCCUGACAUGAAGGUUCUCAGCAGUAAGCCCAUGCUGCAUUUCACCCCAAAAGCACCAUCUUCCACCACAAGCCAGCAGAUGCCCCACAUGGCUGGAUCACAGAGCAAACAGACCACCCAGCAGCAGCAGCAGCGGUCUACUGGAGGCCAGAACAUGCAGUUCCAGCUGUCUAUGCAGUCAUCGUCAUGUCUGCAGCCCAAACCUUUAAGCCAGAGGCCUCCACUCAACCAGCAUGGUCCAGGAAUUCCUUUUAAAAUGACUCAACAAAGACAGGCAAUGGCUCCUGGCCCACGUUUAUCAGCAAAUGGAUGCAUGGUUGACAUUGGGCAGCCCCAACAGCAGCGGUCACCUGCUCCCAACACUCAGCAGAAAAAUACAGGCAAAGGCCAAAGACAUCUGAGCCAACCGCAGCACCACACCAGCGAUACAGAGAAAUUCAACACACAAGAUCAGUUUAACCGCCAUUUGUCAAGACCUCCACCAGACUACAAACAACCACAAGGUGUAGCUGGAGUGCAACAUUCAACCCUGUAUCCAGGUCUGGCCUCCUCUCCGAUGACCAGUAACGGAUCAGAUCAGAGCGACAUCCCAUCCCUCUCCUGCCACAUACCCAACGGCCAGGGAGCGAAAAUGGUGGCCGGCUCUGGAGACCGGAGGUUCCACACCAGAUCAGAUCCUCAUUCAGGAUCUGUGGAAGGCCAAACUUGUGCAAACCAACUGCACCAGCCGUCUAACGGCCAGCUUCAAAUCGUGAUGCAUCAAAACAAGGCGCAGUUUCAGGGAGCGAAUAGCCAGAUUUCUAGCUUUCCGUCAGGCGUUGUCCCGACUACACAACAUGUAAGGACCAGUGCAGCAGCAGCAGCAAGCCAAGAUGCUGUUCUUGGCCAGGGGCUGGGUGGAGGUGGAAUGACCACCACAGCGGGCAGGGCGACUAGCUUAAGUUGGGUGAGCACUACAAAGCAAAACAGUGGACUGCCAGGACUAAAUGUAGUAAAGAGACAAACUGAGGGUCACUUCCCACCAAGGCCUAUUGGUCCACCAAAUCAGGUAGCGCCUCACUCUGGACGGAUCCCCCUAAACCCUGCUAUUAGGGGCCCCGCUCCCAGAUCAAGCCAGCCACACAUACCCCCACUUCCUGGGGUCACGGGGCUGAACCAGGCUUCUCCUGAACCGCAGGGGUGCAUGAGCACGUUCAUUAGCACAGCCCAAAGCCCAGGGACUUAUCCGAACAGCCGGGUGGCUCGACUGACGUUUGAUUUCCUUCAGGACGGGGAUAACACAGUUCCAGGAAUCAAUGCAGACUCGGACUUCAUUGACUCUCUGCUGAAGUCCGGCUCAGGCAAUGAUGACUGGAUGAAAGACAUUAAUCUAGAAGAGAUUCUGGGAGGUCACUCGUGAACAAUAGACUCGAACAGCACAAGUGAGAAAUCCAAUAUCACUAUUUUGCUAUUUUACUAAGAGGUUUAGUAAAUGAAUGAAGCUUUUUUUCAAGAGCCUGAAGAGACUGACAUUGUAAAUAGGAGAUUUCAUAAAGCUAUUAUUCUGGUAAACUGUCCUAUUAUUCUGCUGUAUUUGUAUUUAUGUGGACAACAUUAUAUAUAUAUUACAGGAAUCAUCAUGCAUAGGUUAUACUUUUGUUCAUGUUAUGUAGUCUGUUUUAAAGUUCCAUGGUCACAGUAUUUAUGGUCUUGAUUAGUAUGGUAUGUAUCUACAUCUAACUUUGUAAACCCACGCAAUUCAGUGAGCACUGUAAACUCCUGCAAUGAUGGAGAGUUCGGGAAUUAUGAAUACAAACUAUAGACUAUAAAUUUGCCUUUUUCAUUUAUAUCCUCUUAUAUCCUGUAAUGGUCACCAUUGGUAUAGUGUGACACUGCAGCAAUCUGGCCAACAGCAAAUCUGCAGCAUCAUAUUUCAAAUGCAUUGGUUUAAUUUUGUAUGAGAGGUGCCAGGAAUCGAAAAAAGACAGGUAUAUGCUGUCAUUAAUUCUUAAUGGACCUGUAUCAAAAACAUAUUGUCGUGUCACCUGGGGGGAGUAAUGAGGCCAGGCCAUUGUCUCAUCUCGUCAUUGUCUUGAGCAAUAAAACAAGUAGUAUUUCUCUCACUGGUGGAGACCUCCAUCCACCCUUCAACCCAACAACACAACUAAAUCAUAUUUGUCUAAACAAGCAAAACUCCCAGAACGAUUCAAAGACAAAGCAAAGAAGAAAUGGUGACUGCUGAGCAUGCUGGGAGCUCCCCUGAGAGAUUCUAAUCCCCCAAAUGCUCUACCACAAUACAAUAGUGUGGUAAACUGCAAAGCUACUAUAAGUCCAACGUAUUAUAUUAUAUGUUAAAGAAUCUUUAAAAAACUGCACUGUAGCUUCCCAUACAUUUCUCUAAUCUGAUCCAAGAGUCAACUGUAAUUCAUAUUUGUUCAUUUCAAACUAUUUGGCUCAGUAAAUUGCAAACAAAUGCUUCUGAAAUUGCCUUUAUGGGUCCUGUUGCUAAUAUUGUAUUUAUAAUCUGUUACAUUUUUUUUUCUAUGACUAGUCUUUUCUAUAGUGCGCUAUAAGACUGUAAUACAUGUGCAUAUCCUUUGAUGUCAAUUUAGCCUUUGGAUACUGACUAUUACAAUAAACUAUUGUCAUGCAAAUCUA